GCGUCCGGGGUUCACGCGCGCCGCCGCUGCUGCCGCUAGAGGCCGCCUCAGGGGCCUUAUGGCCGCGUUGCUGCCCUGCCUUAGCGCAGGGCGUGCAGCCUCGAGGCCGUUAGGCCUGAGCCGUAGCUUCUUGCUGCUGCUACUGCUGCUGCUGAACUCGGGUUACAAAGGAGACAGCACCAAACCAGCUUGUGGCCAACCUUGGUGGCCGAAGAACUUGGACCUGUCUCGCCAUUGGCCCUGGGAAGUGAGCCUCCGAGUGGGAAAUGAGCACGUGUGUGGAGGGGCCCUCAUUGACCUCAACUGGGUGGUGACUGCUGCCCACUGCAUCCAAGGCACAAAAGAGUAUUCAGUGAUUCUUGGCACCUCCAAGCUGAUGCCCCCGAACUCCACAAGAACCCUCUUGAUCCCUGUGAGGGACAUCAUUAUGCACCCCAAGUACUGGGGCCGGACCUUCAUCAUGGGUGAUGUGGCCCUUCUUCAGCUUUACAAUCCUGUCAUCAUCAGCAAGUAUGUGCAGCCCAUCUGCCUUCCGGAGCCCAACUACAGCCUGAAGGUUGGGACACAGUGCUGGGUAACUGGCUGGGGCCAGGUUAAACAGCGCUUCUCAGCCAACUCCACGCUGGCCCCAGAGCUGCAGGAGGCCGAGGUGUUUAUCAUGGACAACAAGAAGUGUGACCAGAUUUACCGCAAGAAGUCCCACAUCCCCCGUGUUGUCCCCCUUGUGCUGGGGGAUAUGAUUUGUGCCACCAAUUACAGAGAAGACUUGUGCUCUGGGGAUUCUGGGGGUCCAUUGGCUUGUGAAGUCGAGGGCAGAUGGAUUCUUGCUGGGGUGUUGUCCUGGGAAAAGGCCUGCGCCAAAGUACAUAAUCCGGGCGUGUAUACCCGUAUCACCAAAUACAGCAGAUGGAUCAAGAAGCAAAUAAGCAAUGGGAUUCUCUCAGUUCCCUGCACUUCUGCCUGGCUCCUACUCCUGUUCUGGCUGCUGCAGCCCCAGAUGGGCCCCUGAUCUUUGCUCUCCCUUCUCCAUGCUUCGCCUUUGCUGAAUGAGGCCAGAUCAAGAUUAGAUCAAGGUCAUGGGUCUGUAUUCAACAAGAGUCAAGAUGGGGAAAAAGUGGCCCCUGGGACUGAGUCCAGUUUUGGCCUCCUAGUGGGGAGGGAAGUGGUGGAUGACUAAGCCUUGAGUGACCAGGAGAAAGGAAGUGUGGCCUAGAAGUGCUCUGGAAUUGGGGAUCAAGAUAGCAGGGAUUAAAUUUGU